CUCCACUUGGACAUGCGCACUUUGAGGGCACCUUGGAGACGCACCAACAAACUAAAAGAGGACAACAAACUGUACGAAAGAUUGUCCGUCUGUAAUCAUCAAGAUGCCGGUAGGAGGAAACGCAGUAAUGCAGCGGCCUGUUCAGGAACAAAUUGAAGAACUUAAGGCAAAGAUCGCCCUUCUUGAGGGUGAUAGGAAGGCAUACUACGAGACAUCUCAACAUGCUAUGAAACACAAUCAAGAUACUGUCACAAAACUUAGAAAAGAAGCUAAAGAAUUAAGAAAGAAACUAAGUGAUUCCCUGUCUCAAGACCAACAUGUCAUUAAUAAAGCCUUUCAAGACAAACCUGUACAGAGAGCCGAAUUCAAAAAUAAGACUGGAGAUCAAGCAAUUACAGUAAUGAAACACAAAUUAUGUGAUUCAAAGAAGAAACUAAAUGCCUUGAAACACCAGUCUGCCCAGAAACAAAAGAAAAUAGAGAUAUUACAGACCCGGUAUGAUCAGAUGCAGAAAGACUCAGCCGAUGCUGUAUCUACAGACAAAGGAGAGUCUGUUGAUGCUCAGACUCUUAGGUACCUGGAAAACAGUUAUGACAAAACAAAAUUGAAGAUGGAUGAAGCCACACAUUUGUACAGAAUUUAUCAGGAUAUUAAUAGAAAGCUGUGUGUGGAAGCAGAAAAAUUCCCAAGUGUAUUGGACUCCAUGGAAUGUGAAAUUAGAAGUGUAAAAGCAGAACUGAAAGAGCUCAAAGCCAUGCACGAUGAUGCCCAGAUCUCCAAAACAGCAGCACAGGAAGAAUUAGCUAAACAUGAAAAGAUUGUAUACUCAGAGAGGAAACAGAGGGAAAUUGAAUUACAGAAAAUGAAGAAAGAAGCUGAGGAAAAGAAAAUACAACAUGAAAGAAUAGAAAGAAGAAUUCAACAGAGAGGUUCUAUACAGCAAGAUGAACUAACACCACAGGAGAAACAGGCCUUACAGGGUGAAGAACAACAACAAAAGAUUACAUCAUAUGAAGAAGCUUUCAGAAGAAUUAAGGAAGCAACUGGAGUUUCUGAUACCAUGGAAGUUGUAAGGCGAUUUGAAAACCAAGGAGAUACUACAAAACAUCUUGAAAAUCUACAGAAAGAUAAUGAAAAGGGUAUAACAAGACUGAAGGAGGAUAAGGAGAAAUUACAACAAGAAUUUGAAGAAAUGAAAUAUUCUGGUGAUGCUAAACUGUCAAGUGGAGAAAGAAUGCUUGAAGAAUUCCAGGGACAUUUACAAAAAGAGGAGGACAGACGAGGUGAUGCUGAGGAUGAGUUACAGAGGAAUAGUACAAUUAUGGUGUCCGUCAAGGCUGGUGUUGAACAUUUAACAGACAAGUUAUAUCUUCUUAAAGCUACCAAAGGUCAUGUCCCUACUGCCAAGAUACCACAGACAUCAGAUGAAUAUGUCCUGGAUCAGUUAUCAACUUGUGAAGAGAAACUACUGAAAUUGUUAGAGGAGCUAGAUGGUAAAGAUCUGAAUGAAGUCUUCAAACAGAUGGAGGAGGAAGAGUAUCAUGCUAGUUUUGAUUCUAAAUUACCAACACAUAACACAAGAGUUAAAUUACCACAGAAAGAACGAGGAGAUGCAGUAUUUGAAGAUGAUGAAGACAGCGGUGAAGAUGAUGGAGAAGUUCCAAACAGAAAUGCAAUUAAGAAACAAUCCCAGUUUAUAGUAGACUCUAAAACAAAACGUAGAACAACCAAAAAGAAGAAGAAAACUAAAUAAAUGAGUCAAAUAUCUUAAAGACAGUGACUAUUUUAUCUUCAGUUUUGUUACAAGCUGCAUUUGGUUAUAAACAUUGUUUUAAAGGCAAAUGAUGGAUGCCUUAGAAUUGUAUUUGGAAAGAUAUAUUAAAUCUAUGAAAUAAUUCACAAAAGAAAUAAAAACAGUUUUACACUUCAAGAAAAAAGGGCAAAUGGCUCAAUGCAUAAUUUUUGAAUUUCCAAAUGCCUGUUGUGAACACUUGGAUGUUUUCUAGAUCUCAUAUUUUAGUCUUUUCGUAAUAACAUUUUUUAGAUAUUCGGACUUUUAAAUAAGAGGUACGGUUUUGUUUGAAAUAUUUAAACUAUGAAAUAAGAGUUGAGUUUGUUGUAAUAUUGUAUAAAAAAAUACUUUAAACACUUCUUUUUCAAAUUUUAUGAUGAUAGUAAAAGUUUUUGGACUAAUUUGAUCGAUGUCAGCUUUAAUUUUAUUGUGUAUGAUGGAAACACUAAUGGUUCUUAACACCAUAAUAGAAUGAGUGUGUUGUAAUGAAGACUGGAUUUUACCAAAAUAAAGAAAUUGAAAUAUUCCAAUAUAAUUGCUUGAAAAAGGAUUGAUGCAAAAACAGAUUUUUUUUAAUUCUUAACAUGUUGUUAUUUUAUUAGAAAUUUAUGUACUAUUUUAUUAUGUUAAAUACUUCUGUGAUCAUGUUACUAUUUAUACACGAAAAUAUUUGAAUAAAUUAUUUUAAAACCUU